AUGGGACGUCCGGGAGAAUGGUUGACUAAGUUCAGGCGCUCGCGCCUGCUUGUCAUUAUGGCAAUCUCAUUGUCUGUGUUUACAGAUACCUUCCUAUACACAAUGAUUGUCCCUAUUAUUCCGUACACGCUCAAGGAACGAGUCGGUAUCGCCGAUGGAGAUGCCUUGAAAUGGACAUCCGUCUUCCUUACAGUUUUUGGACUCACCAGCGUGCUCUCGUCGCCCAUCGUCGGAUUGCUCGCAGAUCUCACUAGCUCACGACGUGUCUUAUUCAUGCUUGGUCUACUCGUUCUAGGAUUAUCCACAAUUCUCUACUGGAUUGGUCGAACUGUCGGAGUGCUAGUUGCAGCAAGGGCCUUGCAGGGGGUCUCCGCGUCCAUUGUCUGGGUCAUUGGAAUGGCUAUUAUCAAUGACGCCGCUGAUCCCGAGGACCUCGGUGCCUCGCUGUCUUAUGUAUGGAGUGCGAAUACAUUGGGGGCACUGUCUGGGCCGUUCAUUGGGGGGGUGCUGUUUAAAUAUUUCGGGUACCAUUCUGUCUUUAUCCUGGCUACGGGUUUGAUCCUCCUGGACAUGGCAUUGAGAAUGCUGAUGGCCGAGAGAAGCUGCAGCGUUACUAGACAUGUCAGUGAUAAUGCCUCUUCAGCAGAGGCAGCCCAACCCUCAGAGGAGCAGAGACUUCUCAACUCGUCAGAUCAGCUGGUCGGGUCAGUCGAGGCGACUAAUACAACCCACGACUCAUACACCUCGUUCAAUUCUGAUAGAAACUCUGGCGGAGAAUCAAAGGCCACAUCCACGCCCCCUAAGUCAAGCUACAAAUUAUUGCUAUGCUACCCACGCGUUGCAACACUCGCGGUUUCGUCGGCCGUGAACGGGGUGAUCUUUUCUGCUUUUGAGACCAUUCUGCCUCUUUAUUCUGUGCAAUUGUUCCACGUCGACUCCGCACGUGUCGGACUCUUCUUUCUCGCCCUCUCGGGGCCCAUGCUGAUCGCCCCGUUAUUUGGCAACCUAGCAGAUAAGUACGGGACCAAGUGGACGGCCGUGUUCAGCACAAUCUUGCUCGGCGGGGCCAUUAUCCUCAUGGGCACCGUCAAUUAUAACGACCUCUUCAACCAAAUCCUACUCGGCGGUCUUCUCUUUUUGUGCGGCGUGGGCUGCACCGGGCAGCGCGUAGUCAUGUCCACAGAAACAGGGCUUGCUCUGCAGGCGCUAGUCGAUGAACCCAGCUCGGUGGAAGCCGAACUUCGGGUAGAGAACCUCACUGGCCAGGCGUAUGGGGUUUUGGGCACCGCAUCUGGGAUUGGAGUCACUCUGGGGCCUGUCCUGAGUGGCUGGUUACGUGCACAAGCGAGCUGGAUGACAACCGUCACGCUACUGGGAUUCUUGACCAUCUCGUUGGCCAUGCCAUCCGUCAUGUACACAGGCGGCCCCUUGAGAUGCAAGGGCAAGUGCUGA